ACUUUUUAAGUGCGUUACAAUAUGACUGGUAGAUAAUGUGGUCAUACCUUAGCAGCGAACGGAGAAGAUUUCUUCUCUCAUUGGAUAGGGUGAACAUGGCCCACUCUUUUCAUCACUUGAAAUUAAGAAUGACACUGUACUUGCGUGUUUGGUGAUCGACAUGCGCAGGCAAUCAGACGACCAUACGGUCCGAUCACCGAUACUGUCGUAGCUGCGUCGACCGUAAAUCUGGACUUCCUGCGAUCCGACGGUCACAGUUACUACUCACGCCCCACCUUCUGUGUAUAAGUAAAUUAUUUGGUGGUGAUUUUUUUAUUGAUUGAUCUAUUAAUUGAUCAAAUCGAACUUUCUCUAUCGUUGCUGUGAAGUACGACAUUCUUGUUUUCGUUCUGAUCUCCCCUUAAAAUCUCUCCGCAUCGCUGCCGUUGGUCGUUUGGUUGCCGCCACCGCGAGAGCAAAUGGGAUGCUCGGCGUCGAGGGUGGAGAACGAGGACUGCGUGCGGCGCUGCAAGGAGCGGCGCCGCCUGAUGACGGAGAUCGUCCACUCCCGCCACCACCUCGCCUCCGCCCACGCGGACUACCUCCGUUCGCUCCGCCUUACUGGCUCCGCCCUCACCUGCUUCGCUCGGGGUGAGCCCCUGGCCGUCUCCGAACACGCCCAGCCCGUCCUCCUCCGCUCCUCCGCCCCCGCCUCCCUCCCCCCGCCCAGCCCACUUCCCCCUCCGACUCCCUCUACUCUACCGCCGCCACCACCGCCGGUGAUACCACAACUCCGCCGCCACCAGCAGCAAAAUCACUCUUCGGCUUCCCCCUUUCCUUCUCCCACUGUCGCUGCUUCUUCCGCCAACCACUUCCGCAUACCCUCGGUUGGCGGACACACCCAGUUCCCACCGGUGAACUGGGCGUACGCUACCACCCCCUCCCAGUCCUCAUCCACCUGGGACUGGGAGAACUUUUACCCUCCUUCGCCCCCGGACUCAGAGUUCUACGAGCGUAGGAAGGCCGAACUCGAGGAGAAGAAUCGCCUGCAACGCCAGGUUCCCUUGGAAGAAGAAGCGGACGAAUCUGAUGAGGAGCAGGAUCCGGGAGAUGAAGAAGGAUACGGAGAACGAAAAGAAGAGCUCCACUGCCGUGACUGGGGCGAGCAUUACCGGAGCACCACCAGCUCAUCCACCAGAUCCGACAGCGAGCCGGAGCUAGAGGAGGACGUAGACAACGAGAGGAAUACCUUUUCCCGAUCCGAGAACAUGGCCGCCAGAUCUGAGUACAGCGGAUUCGCAUCUAGUCAGGCGACGCCGUCGGAGAUUGCUUCUUCUGCGGCCGCGGAGGCGAAGUCGCGGCUGCGGCCGAGGUUGGUGGUGGAAUCGUCGUUGGCCAGAUGGAAUGGAGGCCGUCGGGAGGAGACAUCAUCCACCUCCGCCGCCGCUGAGUUGACGUUGGCAGUGCGCCACCACAAUCUGGCGGAAAUUGCUGCAGCCCUCGAGGAGUAUUUCGUCAAGGCUGCCGACGCCGGCAGCGCCUUCUCAGAUCUCCUUGAGAUUGGCCGUGCCCAGUUCGAUGGUAGCUUCAGGCAGCUCAAGAAGAAGGUGUACCACUCGAACAGUGUGCUGAGCACGCUAUCCUCAAGCUGGACGUCCAAACCACCAUUAGCAAUUCGGUACAGCCUGGACACGUCUGCAUUGGAAGAGUCUGACCGAGGGAAGAGCCAUGGAUCUACUUUGGAGCGGCUCUUGGCUUGGGAGACUAAGCUCUAUAAGGAGGUGAAGGCUAGAGAAGGCGUGAAGAUUGAGCAUGAGAAGAAACUUUCGACAUUACAGAGCCUGGAAUGCAAGGGAAAGGUGGAUGCUAAACUGGACAAGACCAAGGCUUCGAUCAAGAAGUUACAGUCAUUAAUCAUAGUGACAUCUCAAGCUGUCACUACUACAUCAACUGCGAUAGCUGAAGUCCGUGAUGAUGAACUUGCUCCACAACUUGUCCAGAUCUGUUAUGCGCUUUUGAAUAUGUGGAGGAAAGUGAACCAGUUUCAUGAAACCCAGAACCAUAUUGUGCAACAAGUCCGAGGUCUUGUGAAUAGUGCUUCUAAUGGUGAAUCAACAUCUAACUUGCAUAGGCUAGCGACUCGUGACCUUGAGGCUGCUGUCUCAGCAUGGCAUUCAAGCUUCAACCGACUUGUGAAAUAUCAUCGUGACUAUGUCCGUGCCUUGUAUGGCUGGCUUAAGCUUACACUUCGUCAAGUCAGCAGUGACAACCCUCAGAGAGAUCAUUAUUCACCUAUCGCAAAUGAACUCACCACCUUCUGUGAUGAGUGGAAGCAAGCUCUAGAUAGGUUGCCUGAUACUGUACUCUCUGAGGCUGUAAAGAGUUUCAUGAACGUCAUCCAUGUCAUUUACACAAAGCAGGCAGAAGAGUUGAAGAUUAAGAAACGAGCUGAAACUUACUCAAAAGAGCUCGACAAGAAGUCCACAGCACUGAGAAAUAUUGAGAAAAAAUAUUACCAAUCAUACUCAAUGGUUGGUCUUGCGCUUCCUGGUGGGGGGCAUGACAAUGAUGGACAAGUAUUUGACAUGCGUGAUCCAUUGGCUGAGAAAAAGUCAGAGGUUGCAGCAUGUCGGAGAAAGGUCGAAGAGGAGAUCACAAGGCACGCAAAGGCAGUUGAGGUCACAAGAUCAUUGACCCUUAACAAUAUACAGACUGGCCUCCCUGGUGUGUUUCAGGCAUUGACGGGGUUCUCUAGAAUGGUUGUCGAAGCUAUGGAAGGUGUUUGCCGUCGAGCUGGAUCGGCUUGAUGAAACUCCCUUUGUACUUUUUGGGCUAUUUUAUUAUUUAUGUGAUCAAGAAGAUAUAGUUACAGACAGGCAGAAAAUUGUUUCUCUAUCGUGCGGUCCUAGGCUAAUAGUUGAUGUAGAUAUAAUUUGGCAUGAUAUAUUUUGCCCGUUUCUGGAAUGUACAAGGGGAUGAAUGGUACCCUCAGAUGAGAGCUGCUUUUUGUGCUUUAAUAAAGUUCACUGUCACAGAUUUUAAUGA